UAUGCGAAUCCAUACGUAAUUCAAUGCGUUGGACCCGUUGGGGUCCCCGACGGUUCACCCGAUUGCCGAAAUCAUUGAAAGGAAAAGUAGUGGUCAUUACCGGUGCCAAUACGGGUAUCGGCAAAAUCAAUGCCACACUAAUGGCCAAACUCGGAGCUAAGGUAGUUAUGGCGUGUCGAGAUAUGGCCAAAGCUCACAUAGCGGCCGAAGACGUGGCCAAAGAGGCCAAACAGUCGGACGAUGAUAAUGUUGUGGUCAUGAAACUGGAUCUGUCAUCGCUGGCCUCUGUCCGCCAGUUUGCCAAAGAGCUGUCCGAAAAGGUGUCCCAAAUUGAUAUACUUAUCAAUAAUGCCGGUGUCAUGAUGUGUCCGCAUUGGAAAACGGACGACGGCUUCGAGAUGCAGUUCGGUACCAAUCAUUUAGGUCACUUCCUAAUGACACUGCUAUUGUUACCACUGUUACGUCGAGCACCGGCAGCCCGUAUAAUAAACGUAUCAUCCGUUGCCCACUUACGCGGCAAAAUCAACUUCGACGACAUCAACUCGGAUACCAAAUACAACAAAAUGAAUGCCUACUCCCAGAGCAAACUGGCCAACGUUUUGUUUACCCGCGAACUGGCCAACAAACUAUCGGACACGCGUAUCACGUGCUACGCACUGCAUCCGGGUGUUAUCGAUACGGAUCUCUACAGACAUAUGGACGGAUUUCUCGGUUUUAUGACCCGAUUGUUCAAUACUAUUACAAUGAUUAGCGCCGAUUUGGGCGCACAGACCACACACUACUGUGCGCUGGAAGAGUCGCUGAGCGGCGAAACCGGCCGUUACUAUAAAAACUGCGGUCGAGUGGACAAUAUGGUGCCCAAUGCAAAAAAUAAAUUUUUUAUCGUCGAUCGACAUAAAAAAAUUUUGUUUUUAGAAUAA